AUGGCACAGAAGAAUUAUAGCGGCCUCAUGAUCGACCCAAGAAGUGGCUUUUGCAGAUCCAACUCUACAUUCUACAGCAAACGCAAUUCAAUUCCUUUACCAUCCAAUGAAUCUCUCGACGUCACCACUUUCAUCUCGUCUCGUGCCCACCAUGGCAAGACGGCCUUCAUCGAUGCAACCACCGGUCGCCGCCUCAGCUUCACGGAGGUAUGGAGAGCUGUCGAUUCGGUCGCUUCUUGCCUCUCCGACAUCGGGAUUCGCAAAGGUCAUGUUGUCCUCCUCCUCUCUCCUAACUCCAUUUUCUUCCCCAUCGUUUGCCUCUCCGUCAUGUCCCUCGGCGCCAUCAUCACCACUACUAACCCUCUCAAUACUACUCGGGAAAUCUCCAAACAAAUCGCUGAUUCAAAACCUGUUCUCGCUUUCACUAUUCCCCAACUUAUCCCCAAAAUCGGCCACUCAAACCUCCCCAUCGUACUCAUCGGCGAGGAUCUUCAUUCAAUUCCUCCCGAUUCCACUUCCAAUUCCAGAAUCGUGACAACAUUAGAAUCCAUGAUGAAAAAGGAACCGAGUAAGAGCAGCCGAAUCAAGGAGCGGGUGACUCAGGAUGACACGGCAACGCUACUUUACUCUUCUGGUACUACCGGGGCGAGUAAAGGAGUAGUAUCGUCUCAUAAAAACCUCAUAGCCAUGGUUCAAACUGUUGUAAGCCGGUUUCGAUUGGAGGAAGGAGAGCAAACUUUUAUAUGCACCGUCCCGAUGUUUCACAUCUACGGAUUAGCAGCUUUUGCGACGGGAUUGCUUGCAUCAGGAUCCACGGUGGUGGUUCUUUCCAAAUUUGAGAUUGACGAAAUGCUUUUGGCAAUUGGCAAAUAUUCUGCAACCUACCUACCUCUCGUGCCACCAAUACUGGUGGCAUUAGUAAAUAACGCCGAUCAUAUAAAGAAAAAGUACAAUUUGAGAACACUUCACUCUGUUUUGUCUGGUGGUGCGCCGUUGGGGAAAGAUCUGAUUGAGGGGUUUGUGGAGAAGUAUUCGACGGUGACGAUUUUGCAGGGGUAUGGGUUGACUGAAUCCACGGGCAUCGGGGCUUCGACGGACUCACUGGAGGAGAGUCGACGGUAUGGAACAGCGGGACUGUUGUCGCCGAGCAUGGAGGCUAGGAUUGUUGAUCCGGAGAGCGGAGAGGUGUUGCCGGUUAAUCGGACGGGUGAGCUUUGGCUGAGAGGUCCCACAAUUAUGAAAG